AUGUGGAAACCAACAAACUUUAAUUUAAAUUGUUUAAGAAUAUUAGAAGGAAAUAUAUCUGAUAUUAAUAAAGGUAUAAAAAAAAGAUUUAUUAUAAAAAAUUUACCUAAUGAUUUUGAUAUAUCAUGUGAAGCAAUACAUCAAAGAGGAUACUAUCCCUUAAAACCAUUAUCAGAUUUAGAAAAAAAUUAUCCAAUAGCAUAUGCUAGAAAUGUAUAUAAUGAUUAUUAUACAUUAGAAUUACAAUUUUUAAUAUCAUUUGCUCCCCAAAAUCAUUAUUGUUAUGCAAUUGAUAAAAAAGCAAAAGAAUUUAGAAAUCAGGUAGAAAAAUUGGCAAAAUGUUUUGAUAACAUAUAUAUAACAGAUAUUAAUUAUGAUAUGACUAGUGGAGGAAUAAAUCAAGCAUUAAGUAGUUAUGAAUGUAUGAAAUAUUUGGUUAAAAAAAAAUGGAAAUAUUUAUUUGUUUUACAGAAUGAUGAUUUUCCUUUAAAAACAAACUUAGAACUUGUCCAAAUAUUGUCAGCAAGAAAUGGGACUAUGGAUAUUGGUUAUACAAAUCCAAAUUCACUUAUUAAAUCACGUAUAGAUUUAUCAAAAAAAUGGGAUCAUAAAUCAUUAAAUUUUAUAAAAAAUAAUAAUACUGAAAAUUUUAAUAAUGAUCUAUUAAAUGAGUCAAUGAAAUUUCAAAAAGGUUACUAUCCAAAUGGUUUACCAAGAGAGGCAGUUGAAUAUAUUGUAAAUUAUAUUAAUUUAACAACAUACUUAAAUCAAAUAAAUACAGGUAGAUAUGGUGAAGAUGAAAUGGUUUGGCAGACAUUAUUUAAUGAUAAUUUUCUUAAAAUUCCCCAAUGGGUUCAUGAAGAUUGCCUUAGUGAAUAUUAUACAGAAUCAACAUAUAUGAUAAGAUAUGCAAUAUGGACUCGAAGUAAUUGUAAAAGUAAAUUAUUCUCUCAUUCUUUAUGUGUAAUGGGUAUUGAAAUGUUAGAAGAUUUAAAAAAUAUUCCACAAUUUUUUGCUUAUAAAUUUAAAAGUGAUCAAGAUAUGGGUGCUGCUAUAUGUUAUGCAGAAUAUAUUUAUAAUAAAACAUAUUUUUCAAAAUCAAGUGAUAUAAAUAUUGAAUAUUAUUUAAGUUUACCACAAACUAAAUAUCAAAAUACAAACUUUCUUGAAAAAACGGUUAUUAUAGAAAGUUGUAAAAAAAAUAAAAAAUGGUAA